ACUGUGUCUGAAAAAGCUUCUAUCUUUUUCAACUUUAAACAAUAGCUCAAAAUCAUUCAAUUAUUCGAUUCAGUUCAAUUCUGGGGGAAUCAUGGGUUGUUCUCAGUCGAGAAUCGAGAACGAAGAAGCUGUUACCCGAUGCAAAGAGCGAAGACAAUUCAUGAAAGAAGCGGUCGCCGCUCGAAACGCCUUUGCCGCCGCCCACUCUGCUUAUGCCAUGUCCUUAAAGAACACUGGCGCCGCCUUAAGCGAUUACGCCCACGGUGAGGUCCAGAAUACCAAUCCCCCUCCUCACCCUGGGCCAUCCUUUGUGGGACCUCCGCCGCCGCAACCACCUCCGGUAGACAAGCUCUUACCUCCGCCCCCUCCUCCCGUGAACCUUUCCGGCGAUCCGGGCGUUCCAAUCCAGCGAUCGGCUAGUAUGCCGAUACAGAUGCCGUUGAAAGGGAAGCAAAAGGAGACGUCGACGAGCACGAUCAUGGAAGAUGAGGAGGAGGAGGACGAUGUGGAAGCGAGUGGUUCGUUGGUUAGGCGGAGAUCGCGGAAGUAUCGAGGGAGUGGUAGUGGCGGAAGGAGAGUAGGAGGGAACUAAGG